CCCUUCCCCGGAUAAUCCUGACAGACUAGUUGUGUACCUGUGUGCUCCGAUCUAUGGAUCUCCUACAUGAGUGCGCUACAGCCUCUGCUGCCGACACCCUCUCCGCCAUGGCCGAGCCCCGACCUCGCUCCAAUCACUGCAAUGGGACACACAAGUCUCCUCCAUAUCAUCUCAAUGGACUGACCAAGAGGAACGGCUUCUCCAAGACUGUGCAGAAUGGAAGAACAAAUUGUGGUCUGUACAACCGAGAGUUCAAGGAAUCCUUUGAAGAAGCUCCAAUGUACGUUGCUGUGUUCACCUACAUAGGCUUUGGACUUGUUACUUUAUUUGGCUACUUGCGCGACUUUCUGAGAGCAUGGGGACUAGAGAAAUGUCAUAUGGCAGAAGAAAGGGAAGAGCAAAAAGACUUUGUGCCUCUCUAUCAAGACUUUGAAAACUUUUACACAAGGAAUCUAUACAUGCGAGUGCGCGAUAACUGGAAUCGGCCAAUCUGCAGUGUACCAGGACCGCAAUUUGACCUAAUGGAGCGAGUGACAGAUGAUUACAACUGGACAUACAGGUACACAGGAAAAGUGAUUAAGGACGUGAUAAACAUGGGAUCUUAUAACUAUCUUGGCUUUGCAGAGAACAAUGAGGAGUCGCUGGAGACAGUGAAGGAAGCGGUGCUGGCAUACGGACCUGGAACAUGCAGUACCAGACAGGAAAUGGGGCAUUUGGACAAACAUCAAGAGCUGGAGGAUAUGGUGGCGGCGUUCCUCAACGUAGAGAUGGCAAUGGUCUUCAGUAUGGGCUUUGCCACAAACUCUACAAAUAUUCCGGCACUUGUUGGGAAGGGCUGCUUAAUAUUAAGUGACGAGUUAAACCACACAUCGUUGGUUCUUGGAGCCAGACUUUCUGGAGCUACUAUUCGAAUUUACAAACACAACAACAUGAAAAAUUUGGAAAAAUUACUACGCGAAGCCAUUAUCGCUGGCCAGCCACGUAACCACAGAGCCUGGAAGAAAAUACUGAUCCUUGUUGAAGGAAUUUACAGCAUGGAAGGAUCUAUUGUUCGUCUACCGGAAAUUGUGGCCUUGAAGAAGAAAUACAGGGCUUACUUAUAUUUGGAUGAGGCACAUAGUAUUGGGGCAGUGGGACCUACAGGACGAGGAGUGGUGGAAUAUUUUGGGAUGGACCCUGCAGACGUUGAUGUAAUGAUGGGAACAUUUACAAAAAGUUUUGGAGCCAUUGGCGGAUACAUUGCUGGGAAAAAGGAACUAGUGGAAUACUUGAGAACGCAUUCGCACAGUGCACUUUAUGCAGCUUCACUUUCUCCUCCUGUAACAGAGCAGAUCAUCAGGGUGAUGAAGUGCUUUAUGGGGCGUGAUGGGACACAGACAGGCCUGAAAAGAGUACGUCAGCUUGCAGAGAACACACAAUACUUCCGACAGAGGUUACGGGACAUGGGGUUCAUCACUUAUGGCAAUGAAGAUUCUCCAGUUGUUCCAGUCCUUUUGUACCUGCCAGGCAAAGUUGGGGCAUUUUCAAGGCACAUGCUGGAGAAGAAGAUUGGAGUUGUUGUAGUUGGAUUCCCAGCCACUCCCAUCACUGAAGCAAGAGCAAGGUUUUGUAUUUCGGCAGCACAUACGAAGGAAAUUUUAGACACUGUCCUGGAUGCAAUUGACGAGAUGGGUGACUUUCUACGGCUAAAGUAUUCGAGGCACCAAAGAUCAGACCGUACUGUGACAUAUGAUGAGCCAAAUGUUGAACUUGAUGCAUAACAAAAUUGUUGCUGGAUACAGUAUAUUCCUCCCAUGGAACUCCCCGACUUUUUUUUAUCCCAAAUGCAGCCCUGAUCGAGUUCAAUGUAGUACACUUCCUCCAUGGUAAUUCAGUCCUGCUGUGGGGAGUAUAUAGUAUAGCAGUUAUCCAAGUUUGGAAGCUUCCUUGUAUGCUUUAUGGUAAAUAAUAUUAGCCAUCGGCACAAUGAUAUAUUGACUAAUGCUACAAAGAUUUGCGUGUGUAAAGAAUAAUUACAAACAUCAUAUUCUGGACGCCAGUAAAGCAGCACCCUUGAAUGAGCCGGUUGGACAUUUGGCUAAUAUUUAGCAAAUGGACAGAAAUUGGACAUAGUGCAACAUGUAUCUGCACAGAUGUCUAACAGAUGAAUGCGUUGGAUUGUAACUAAAGCGUGCGAGGAAAAAAAAAAUACAUUGACAGAAAAUUGUAAAAUCCUUUGUAACUCAUUGUUUGGAUAACAGCUGAUUACUGUAUCUAAUGCAGCAGGAAAAUGAAGACAGAGCCGUGCUGGCCAAGCUUUAGCACAUUCAGAUUGACAUAAUUUCCUUUCCUGUCAUAAGGCAAGGUGGGAGAUUUAUCUCAGGUGGUUAUCUGUAGAGGUGUCAGGACACAGGAGUCCUGAUAUCUCCAACUGGCUCCUGCUAGUGUAGACUUGGGGAAACAGUAGAAGUAUGCACACUGCCCAUCUCCGGUGUUUAUUUAUUUGGCAUGAACUUAAUAGACAUGUGUCUUUUUUUCAUCCAAACUAACUAUGGACUUCGUAAAACAACCUGGAAAUUACAACGUUCAUCAAUAGUAGGGUGACCGCACUUUAAAGGUCUGUCCCAGGUCCCGGGCACCUUCAUUCCAGGACAAUACAGUGUCCCGGAAUGAAGCUGACACAGCCACCCC